AUGAAGAAGCGCAAGGCCACCGAAGACCCGUCUCCGCAGCCUGACUCCCAGGGCACUGCCCCUGUGGAGCUUGCGGAAGGGGAGGACCCCAACAGGCCGGUCCGAAUCUACACAGAUGGCGUUUACGACCUCCUGCACCUUGGCCACAUGCGGCAGCUGGAGCAGGCGAAGAAGAUGUUCAAGCAUGUUUACUUAAUGGCGGGUGUAGCCUCGGACGAAGAGACCCACCGGUUAAAAGGCCAAACGGUGCAGAGCCUAGAAGAACGAGCUGAAACCCUUCGUCACAUUAAGUGGGUAGACGAGGUUAUUGCUCCGUGCCCAUGGAUCAUCACACCUGAGUUCGUGGAGAAGCACCGCAUCGACUACGUCGCUCAUGAUGCUGAGCCUUACUCUGCUAUACAAAAAUGCAAGGACAAGAAAAAAGACGACAGAAAGAGGAGGAAAAACAACAGCCCAACGGAGGCGGAAAGUGGUGACAUAUACGGCUGGCUUAAGAACAGCAACAAGUUCAGGGCAACUGUCCGCACCCAGGGAGUCUCAACGACGGAUAUCAUCGUCCGCAUCCUUCAGAACUACGAGGAUUAUGUGGACAGAUCGCUCUCACGCGGUGUGAAGCCAAGAGAUAUGAAUAUAGGCUACACGAAGGCCAAUGCAAUAAAGAUGAAGAAAAAUAUGCAGCGGUGGGGAGAGAAGGUCUCGGACGAGCUGACGAAGGUCACGCUGACGGACCGGCCGCUGGGUGUACAUUUUGAUGAAAGCGUUGAAAAACUGCGCAAUAGCAUUCACCAAACAUACGACACCUGGAGGGGCCGCUCCCACAGACUACUGCGCGGUUUUGCGAGGAAGUUCGAACCUAUGAAGUCACUCAUCGGGAUCCACGUUAACCACCACCAGUCGAGCGAUGACGAUGCGGCCAUCUCCGACGGCUCGGGCCUCUCAGACUCGCCGGCUCCUCACAGCAAAGAAAUAAGUGGUGCGCAGGCUGGCGAAGAAUCUGAUACUGCAGAGGCAUGA